AUCUGGUCUGGUGCUUCCUUACUCAUGGACGAGUCGGCGUUGGAGCGUUACUUUGAUGACUCCAUUGCAAAUGACUCCAGCCUCAUUUUGGGGGAGGGUCUCAGCCCCCCACCCGUUCCCGCCCACAGUCAACAAGACCCCUCCUCCUUCCUGUCGAUGAGGGCGGGGCCUGGUGGAGAGCCUGGCGAUGAGCUCGACCUCAGCUUCCUACCUGAUGAGCUCAGCGUGCAGGAGGAGGCCAGUCGUCAUGGCGACACAGCUGAGAGUCAGACCGCAGAUCUGGACGUGUCUCAGGACAGCGGCAUCUGUCCAGACUACAACUCCCAGGACUCCACAGCAGCAGUAGCAGCUGACCCGUCCAUGUCGGGGCUGGGGACGGGUGCCUCCCCCUUCUGUCCCAUGACCCCUAUGACCCCCAUGACCCCUAUGACCCCUGUGACUGAGAGGUCAGGAAUCAUCCCACAAUUACAGAACAUUGUCUCCACAGUGAACCUGGGUUGUCCGUUGGAUCUGAAGUUUAUCGCCCUCCAGGCCAGAAAUGCAGAGUACAACCCGAAGCGUUUUGCGGCGGUCAUCAUGAGGAUCCGUGAGCCGAGAACCACGGCGCUGAUCUUCAGCUCAGGGAAGAUGGUCUGCACGGGAGCCAAGAGCGAGGAGCAGUCACGACUGGCGGCGAGGAAAUACGCUCGGGUGGUGCAGAAACUGGGCUUCCCCGCCCGCUUCCUGGACUUUAAGAUCCAGAACAUGGUGGCCAGUUGCGACGUCUGCUUCCCCAUCAGACUGGAAGGACUCGUCCUGACACACCAGCAGUUCAGCAGCUACGAGCCGGAGCUGUUUCCAGGCCUCAUCUACCGCAUGGUGAAGCCUCGCAUCGUGCUGCUCAUCUUCGUGUCUGGGAAAGUGGUUCUGACUGGUGCUAAAGAACGAGCUGAGAUCUACGAAGCGUUUGAGAACAUUUAUCCGAUCCUGAGAGGCUUCAGAAAACAGUGA